AUGGCAGACCCUCAAUUCCGCGGAGUUAUGAAUAAACGUUUUACAAAUUUUGUCUUGUUCGUUACGGUAAGCGUUGGCUCUCCUGUUGCAACGGAAAUAUCAGGCUGUCGGGAAAAUAAUGAGCACAAUUUCGCUGCGCCGAUUAUGUUGAAGUAAAAAGCAAUUUUUAAGUUAAAACUUUACCGCAACACAUUUUAUAUCCUCUGAGGCGAUGCGAUUUUCGCUGCGACAGAGUGCUCAUUGUUUUCCCGACAAACUGAUAUUUAUUGCUUUUCGUAUUUCAGACCAUUUUUCAGAUCCCAAUCACUCAUCAGAUCUUCUACUAUGUCCGAAUACCCUAUCAAAUGACGACCUAUGAGUCCUCCUUCUCGCAAAAGGUCGGCAGUCUGCAAGACUGCAUCGAUCGCGGUGCUAAAAAUACAAGUGUAAUAUUGCUCAAGUAUAACAAAAAGACGGGUGCUUGUGUCGGCUACCGGUACUACAUUGGCGUUCAGUAUUAUGCGAACACGGACACUGUCGUGAACUUUGUUCGCUCUCAUCGUUGCCUUUCGAGGGUUUCCAUUGAAGACGCGGAACGGCUGAUCGUGGAAAACUGUGAGUUUUGGGGGAGGGGGGGGGGCGAGGUAAAAAUAGGCGCGGCGACCUUUUGGGUGAGCGACAGCUCGGGUCAACGACACUAUGGAUCGUGUCGGUUUGUAGUUUUGUAUGCAUAGGGGAGGCUAGGAGAAGGCUUAGUUAGUGGAAAUAAUAAGAUUGAUAGGAUACUAGGAUAGUUUGUUACAUAUUUUCAGGUACUUUUCAUGUACUCACAUCAAUAAUAUCGCGAUCAAAGCUACGGAUCUUCGUUCUUUAACGUAAAUUGUGAUGUUUUAUAUGUUACAACAACUCAGGGUAAAGAAAACUAACGUCAGUAACAGCUAAAAUUAGAAAAAGUGGACAUAUUACAAGUCUUCGCCAAGUCUCCGCAGAGCGUUCGCCGAACCUUCGCCUAGCGCACGCCGAGCGUCCGACGGGGCCUUGUAGGCACUUACACUUACUCAGGGUAAAGAAAACGAAUGUUCAACAGCUAAGGUUACAGAGGGUGAGCUUAUUGCAAGUCUUCGCCAAGCCUUCGCCGAGUAUCCAGCGGCUAUUCAAGGCCUCGUAGGCAUAUUCCUACAACCUUUUUUUUGGGUACCCACCUGCCCUACGCCCCGUAUCGAUCUCUUUUGUGUUGACCCGAAAAGUCGGGACGGAUAAAAAUAAAUGUAAACCUGUACAAAGCUUGAUUAAAAUCUGAGCGUCGCACCCACAGCUCUUCCUUGUAUGUAAAAAAAGAUACCCCAGGAAUAAAUAAAAAAUAAAUAUCGAUAUAAGUUUAACACCAUCUAAACCUGCUUGCAAAAUUUCGAAAUUUAAACCGUUUCCAUUUCAGUGUUCGCCAACGACAUCUGUAUGCAAAUCACUUUCGAAGAUGGGUCGUUCAGCCCGGGAUUCAGCUACAAUUAUGACACCACGAGUGGCUACUGUUACCAGCCGGUAAGAAACUUUUUUCGCACAACACUGUAAGUAAUGUUUCAGUAUGGAAUCGACAGCAGCAACACCAGUUACACCGGGCCUUACAAGAAUUGGCAAGUCGGGAUAAUGAUCGACAAAUUCAACUCGAAAGAUUACGACAGUUAUGUUAUGACUAGAGGACGUGAGUGGACUCGUUUUUUAGGUUAACAGGGGAAAUUACCCCAAAUGCGACGCUCAAAUUUUGAUGAAACUUGGCACAAACAUAUGUAUAAUAAGUCAAUUUCUUCCAAGACACAUGCGAGACUUCAAGCUUGGGCUUUGCAGAAAAGACCGAGAUUUUUAGGUUGAAAGUCGCCAAAAAAUGCGACACCUUUUUGGCAAAUUUUGACUGGAAAAUUUCAUACUUAUUUCUUCUGUAGAGAGUAAUGUCGCUACAAAAAAUCAAAUUUUUCAGCGCGACACUGCCAAAGAUACGGUCAAAAGGUGUUUUUUCUCUCUCCGCCUUCCGCAUUUCGCGUACUCUCUCGGCGGCAAAGAUCACUCAAUAUCUUUGCUGCGCCUGCAAAGCGCGAGCUAAAACUUUCAGGAAUUGAUAUGUGGUCUAUGCCCGACUAGUGUGCCAAAUUUGAAAAAAAGAUUUGAGCGUUUCACAGGAAUUUUCGAGAGAGAAAAACUUGACCCAUUGGGGUCAGACUUGACUCCAUUCUGCUGUGCGUCGCACUUGGAAGCCUUUCUUGUCAGAAAAAUAUGUUUAUACCCAUCUUCUUCAGUAAUUUCAUCACCUGUCAUGUUCUUUAUUUAUCCAUUGUGAUUCGUUACAACCUCACAACAUUUCCUUUCAGAAAUGAUGAUGAUGGCAAAGCACACUUGUGAGCCGUACAUGUCCGACCGCCUCUAUUACGGUGGAAACAUCUACUGCUAUAACUACACAAAAUCCAUGAAAAUUACGAAUAACGUCGGCAAUCCUUGCGUCAACGUCCUUACCGGCGGGUAUCCGCUCCGCUUGAACAACAGCAUGCUCUACGGAAAAAUUUAUGGUGAGUUUGAGAGUUUGAGGUUCUAAAGAACCUCUGUAACGACUGAAAAAUAUAAAUAGAUUUUUGUCAAAGGGUUUUACUGAAACGGACUUUUUUGUCGCCGAAAGUUGGCUUUUCGGACGUCAAAAACUGUCCGUUAUAGGCAGGUUUUGUUGUACGAAAGUUUUUGAUGAAAAAGUUUGAUUGUAAUCCUACCAUAUUGCUUGUUGAAGAAUCCUUUACAAUGGCGGACCUUAUCCAGCGGCAAAAAAACGUUCCAUUUUGCAUCCGGGAAGUAUAAAAAAUGCGGCAAAAUACUUCCCUCUCGAAGUGAAAAAACUCCGAUUUCAGAAGCGCUUUUUUGUGAAGAAAAAGAUGCCUUUCAAAGCGUGGCUUUUCUAGUUGGAGAGGACGGCGUUUUGCGAUAUUUUUUGAUACUUCCCGGAUCCACCUUGCAUCAAAUACGAUAUGUGAAGCCCUGAUUUACUCUGUGGAAAAUGAUUUUUCAGUUGUUUCGUACCAAAAUUUAUUCUAAAAAAUAAUAUUUCUACAUACAGCGACGGGCCUAGUCCAGUGGCAGAAGACGUACCAUUUUGCUUCAGGGAAGUAUCAAAAAGUGUGGCAAAAUACCUCCCUCUCCAAGUGAAAUAACUCCGAUUUCAAAAGCGAACCCGCUCUUUUUAUGAAGCGCCCUUCAAAACGGAGUUUUUUCACUUUAAGAGGGAGGCAUUUUGCCACAUUUUUGAUACUUCCCGGAUGCAAAAGGCUAGGUUUUUUGCCACUGGAUCAGGUCCGCCACGCUAUCUUCUAACCAAAUUUUGAAGGAUAUUCCGGCCAAUCGUAUCGUCCAUUCUCGGGCCUCGUGACAUACGACGGCCGCACGUACGUGUACAGCGACAACACAACCGUCCCCGCCAACGUGACCCUCAACUGGAAGAAGGGCUAUCCGAACGGCAAGCAGAUUGCCGUAAUGAAUGCGAACUUGCGUAUGUUCUGUUGCGUUUCGAGCCGCAUUUUAGAUGCGGCUUUGCGUAGCAACCAAUGGCGUUGUAAUCCUCGUGGUCUUUGCAGAACUGUUCGACCAAAACAGCAUCACCGGAGUGGUCCACUGCAUGAGUGAUGCGACGAAACGCUCGGACGAUGCGGUGUGCGCAGAUUGA